AAAAUUGAGAUUGUAGGCAUGCCACGAGGAAGUGGAGGGAUGAGACAGAGCUUGUGUAGUUUAAGUUGGAUAGGUUUGAGAGAUAUAGGCAAGAAUUUGGAAGAUAAAUCAAUGAUUGUUAUCAGUAACUACAAAGAUGUAGUAAAGCAAUUGGAAACAGCGCUUAGCCCCUGCAGAGAUAUAUUGGGUUAAAAAUACCAAAGCUGAUGGAAAAUUAAACUUUGGUUUACAGAAAGGAAUGUAGACAGCUAUCAAACGAUGGAACCAACACAAAUUUUCUGUACAUAAAACCCCAAGACCGCAAGGCCCAGGUUCUCAAUGUCUUUAACAAGGACUCCUUGUUUAGAAUACCUACAGAAGGAAGAAAGAGAAGUAGAACAAGAAGGGCAUGGGCGAACUUCAGGUUGAUGAAAACAGCAAGAGUGCAAACUCAGGAAUGUGGACGGGUGAGCUAUAAGAAUGGAAAGAAUUACCAGCAUAUGAUCUCUUCUGGGUUAAUUACGUCAAUCAUAAGUGGUUGAUUCAAUAACAAAUUUUAACCAGGAAAAUACUAACAGUCAACCAAUUCUGAUCUAUAAGGCUACAAUUAGUAGGCAGGCUAAGAAAUAACAUAGAUGUAAAUAAAAUUUUCUUUGGUCAACAAAAGAAGAUUAAGAAAAUAUCUAAUUUCGCGAAACAAUUUAAAAUUGAACCUUAUAUCCCAGCUUAUUUGAAGAGGAACAAGCAUAUCGCUAAGGACCUUCCAAAAAAUAAAAGGAACUAUUCCUAGAAGAAGGAGCUUGGAAAACCCAGUUACUAUUGAGUUUACAGCAUUCCAGUCGGAGAGAAAAUGAAAGGCUCCCGUUUCUAAACCAGAGAAAGGACUAGCAGGACUCAAAUCUCUACGAAAAGAUAACUCCAAACCCAUCCUUACUCCCAUCCUGCUGCUAAAACC